AUGUCCUCUAUUCAUAAGGUGCUAGCCGGAAAGUCCUCCGGGAAACAUGCAAAAGAUGAAAAGGUUUUCAUGAACAAGCAGCGUACACUUCUUAUCUCUUCUAGAGGGAUAACGUACAGACAUAGGCAUUUGAUCCAAGAUUUGCACAGUCUGUUGCCCCAAUCGCGCAAAGAACCUAAAUUGGACACUAAGAAAGAUUUGGGUCAACUUAAUGAAAUUGCUGAAUUAUACAACUGCAAUAACGUUUUGUUCUUCGAAGCGCGUAAGCACCAAGAUCUGUACAUGUGGCUCUCUAAGCCACCCAAUGGGCCGACUAUCAAAUUCUACCUGCAGAACCUACACACCAUGGAUGAACUGAACUUUACCGGGAAUUGCUUGAAGGGCUCCAGACCGGUUCUUUCCUUCGAUUCUCGCUUCGACUCAUCUCCUCACUAUAGACUUAUCAAAGAAAUGUUCAUGCACAACUUUGGGGUCCCGCCACAGGCUCGGAAAUCCAAGCCUUUCAUUGACCACGUCAUGUCGUUCAGUAUUGUAGACGACAAAAUCUGGGUUAGAUCUUACGAAAUAUCGCACAAGGCAAGAAACCAAGAGGAGUACGAAGAAGGCGAGAAAAAGGAUGAGGAGGACAUCUCUCUGGUUGAAAUUGGUCCUCGUUUCGUAAUGACAGUAAUUUUGAUUUUAGAGGGAUCAUUCGGUGGCCCCAAGAUCUACGAAAACAAGCAGUACGUUUCGCCUAAUGUUGUCAGAGCUCAAAUCAAACAGCAAGCUGCUGAGGAAGCCCGCAACAGGUCCGACGCCGCUAUUCAACGUAAAAUCAAGAGACGCGAAAAUGUAUUGGCCGCUGAUCCGCUUUCCAAUGAUGUUGUGUUCAAGAACUGA